CUAUCACUUAGUUCCCUCGCUAAAACCCUACACCCAUUUUUCCCUCCAUCGUCAUCGUUCCUUUGCCGACUGCUAGCAAUCUCUUCAUAAUUUCUUCGCUCGAGAUUCUCAUGGGAGCGUUGCAGAUGCAAUUACAAUCUCGCCUUCGAGUUUCGAAGAUUUUGUCUUCAACAAUUCGGAAUUGGGAAAGAGGCUUUCCUCUGCUCCAUGAUCCAUUGCGAACGCCGGAUUUGUCACUCUCGCCGGUGGAAUCUCGCUGUUUUAGCUCCAAUUCCAUGGAUGACGAUUGGAACUUCUCAAGGUCCGAGCCGAGAAGCAGCCCGCCGCAACGACGUUCUCCCCCGGAUCCUCGGGAAGCUCGUCGAGUUCCUAAAUUCGCCGGGGAAGUAUCUGCUCCUUACCCUGAGGAUAAUCGGAAUCAACGGUUUAAUAGGCAUUCGGAAGGUUCCUCGUCCCGAUUCGCAAACGAUGGGCCGAUGUCGCGGCCAAGGAAUGAGUCUUUGUCUCAGAAGGAUUUUAGCUUUCUUGAAAAAUUCAAGCUGAACACUGACAAUCAGAGCACUAGUACAGAGAAAAUCGAGCCGAGCUCUUCUGCUCAGAUUUCUGAAUCAAUGCAGGGGAAGCAAUCGCAACCACAGUGUCCUCCAGAAGCGGAUGAGAUAUUCAGGAAAAUGAAGGAAACUGGUCUAAUUCCCAACGCUGUUGCUAUGCUAGAUGGGCUUUGCAAAGAUGGGCUUAUCCAAGAAGCAAUGAAACUAUUUGGUUUGAUUCGUGAGAAGGGUACAAUUCCAGAAGUUGUGGUUUACACUGCUGUUGUUGAUGGGUUUUGCAAGGCCGAGAAGCUUGAUGAAGCAAUUAGGAUUUUCAGGAAAAUGCAGAAUAAUGGCAUUUCUCCCAAUGCCUUCAGUUACGGCAUCUUGAUACAGGGACUGUACAAAUCCAAACAAUUAGAGGAUGCCGUAUCAUUUUGCAUUGAGAUGUUAGAAUCUGGGCAUUCUCCAAAUCUAACGACUUUUGUCGGCCUAAUUGAUGAGUUAUGCAAAGAAAAGGGGGUGGACGAAGCUCAUACUGUCAUAGAAACCUUAAAACAAAAGGGAUUCUUGAUUAAUGAGAAAGAUUUAAGAGACUUCUUGAAUAAAAGAGCCCCAUUUUCUCCACAUAUCUGGGAACUAAUCUUCGGGAAGAAAACGAAGGAAUUUUUCUGAGAUUCUUGUCGUGGUUAAGAACUUGUGAGAAGAGUGAAGAAUAUGGAUCAGAUACACCACCUGGCUUUGGAGAGGAGAAUGAGAGAGGAAAGGCCACGUUGCCAGGUAGCCAUUUAUUUUAAAGCUGUACAACUCAUUAGAUAUAUAUGUAUUUUCUUUCCAGGAGCAUGUAUGAUUUGGUCGGUAUUAUUCUAUCUUGAAUUGUAAGUUUAGUCAAAACCUGGGAAGGGAGGUGGCUGCUCUUGUUUUCUUAUUGUUAUUAUAAGUGAAAAAUGGAAAAGAAAAAUGGUAUUAAGAUAUGAAUGGAAGAUAUUGUUAUCAUGUGCAUAUUUAGAUACUUGAGGCAUUGACUGACUUUUGAAGUAUUGAGUGCAAUGUUGGGUCGGCGCCGGCCCUCUCUUUCCAGCUGGAAUCAUUGUUCUAACACACUAAAAUAUUAGCACAGAAACUCGAUGGAAUUUAGGAGAUCUUCCCCUCAAGAAUUCCGAGUUUUAUUUCUUUGGUUGACUUCUGGGUGAGAUUAGAAAUUUGAACUUUUGACUUAUUAGUCGACGGUACGUGUCUAAACUAGUUAACCUAUGCUCUUGUCAGGUGAAAGUAGAAAUUCGAAUUUUUGACUUCUUGGUCGAUCCUACGUAUUUAAACCUGUUGAACUAUACUUUAGUGGGUGAGAGUAGAAAUUCAAAUCUUUGACUUCUUGGUUGAUCAUAUGUAUCUAAAUCAGCUGAACUAUGUUCUAGUUGGGAAGAGUAAAGAUUCGAACAUUCAACUUCUUGAUCGAUCUCAUGUAUUUGAACCUAUUGAACUAUGGUCUAGUGGGUGAGAGUAGAAAUUCAAAUCUUUGACUUUUUGGUCGAUCAUAUGUGUCUAAAUCAGUUGAACUAUGCUCUAUUUGGCAAGAGUAAAAAUUCGAACUUUUGACUUUUUGACCAAUCAUACGUAUCUAAACCUAUUGAACUAUGCUCUAGUAAGUGAGAGUAGAAAUUCAGAUCUUUGGCUUCUUGGUCGAUCAUAUGUAUCUAAAUCAGCUGAACUAUGCUCUAGUUGACAAGAGUAAAAAUUCGAACCUUUGACUUUUCGGCCGAUCAUACGUAACUAAACUUGUUGAGCUAUGCUCUAGUGGGUGAGAGUAGAAACUCAGAUCUUUGACUUCUUAGUUGAUCAUAUGUAUCUAAAUCAGCUGAACCAUGCUCUAGUCGACGAAAGUAAAAACUUGAACCUUUGACUUUUCAGCCGAUCAUAUGUAUCUAAACUAGUUGACUAUUAUCUAAUUGGAAAAAUUUUGAAGUCAGAAGUUCGAACUCAAGCUCAUAAAAUAGACUGUUUAUAUCAUUCCACACCGACUUCACAAGACUCAUUUCUUUACACAAGCAGGUGGAUUUGUUAGCAUAGAAUUUGGUUGUCGGGCACAACAAGAUUGGUCGGUCUUUACAAUAUAAGGUUAAGCUUCCCAAACCCAAAUUUUAUAAUCAUUAAUAUAUUCUGAGUCAAACAUCCUUGAUUUGUUAUAUUCCUCCAAAAGUCAAGGCCUGAAGUCAACCCACCUGAUCAUGGGAAGCCAAGUUUCUAGUAUAUAAAUGCCUCUGGUUCUUCCAUUGUCAGAGCAACUAGCAGCAAAGAGAAGCAAAGGAAGAAGCUGCUGCUGGUGCUAAGUUUUUGGCUAUAGAAUGAUAAGCUUAGCGUUAGGUCGGGGUUCAAUGUGCAUGGCCACCAUUGUCUUCUACACUUGUGUGUGGAUCCCUCUGUGUCAACUGAAGAUGGCGAUCGAAAGCAUGAUCGGCCUUCUGUCGGGCUGGACGUGUCAGCCGCUCACGACGGAGUCGGCACCGUGGGAGGUAAAACUUCCAAUUUGUAGGUUUAAAGAGCUGCAGCGUAGGGGAGGAAUGGAGGAGGAGAUUUGCUCGGUUUGCUUGGCGGAGUUCACCGGAGACGAUUUGGUGAGCCGACUGCACAGAUGUAGCCAUCUUUUCCAUGUAGAAUGUAUUGAGAAUUGGCUACAUAGAGAUCAUUUUACCUGUCCUCUCUGCAGAUCCUUCCUCUUCCCAGCAUUGUAAAUCCUUUGGAAACAAUUUCCCUCGGUCCAUUGUUUCGGGUAGCGUUUAGGUCUCUUUGUGCCAUUGAAUUACUAUCUCUAAUAGCAGUGCACAAAUUCUCGUGUCAAUCUAAGCAUAACUCUAUAAACAAAUGCAUUAGUUAUAUAUUAGGGGUUCGAUGGUUUGUUCUCUUAUUCUGCCAUA